AUGUCGAGCGGUGAAAAUGGAGAUAAGCAUUCGUCUUGCUUUGAGAAGAUUUUGGAUGCCGAAGACUAUUUAAAAACGAAGUCCAAGAAAGCCGCCAAAGAUAUGUACAAGCCGCAAUGUGACACCAAUGAUUGCUUGAAGCAUUGUGCCGAUCCGACAUUGAUGCAGGCUUGUCCAUGUUGCAAGGAGGGCUCUUCAAUGACUUUGGAU